AUGAAGAAUAUAUCAGAGCUCUUAAUUUCAGAAAUAAAAGUCCCUAAUAUGGAUUUAAACGUCAGUUACGUAUUCAAUAUAACAAAUCCUCAACAUAAAUCCGGAUUUGCAAUUCUUUUCAUUGAUCCUGAUACGUACAAUGACGAAGUUAACGGUGGACCAUCAAUUUACGAGGGACUUGCUCUCUUUGGAACAAUUUUCAACAGAAAUGGUAAUACAACACUUGACCUUGUUCUUCUUCAGAACCAGAUUGACCAUGAAAUUACAUACAAAUCUCUGAAAAACAUGUCAGAUUAUUCCUUAGACGCGAAUCAAAACAUUUCAAUCCGAAUUAAUCUUACAUUCAUCAACAAUUCGGUCACAUUAUAUGUUUCCAACGAUUCUACAGUCGAACACCUUGAAGAAAUUGGUGAUCUAAGCAUCACAGUCAAUUUAACAGGCACAGUCAUGUUAAUUACGACAGCCAAUCGAAAAUACGAUACUCAAAUCGAUUUACUUAACGUUGAUUUCGAGAUUGGCGAUCCAUUCUACGCUUUAUACAUGCGAAAAAGAUAUGAUCAAAUAUUACAAGAUGGAAUUCUCGACGACAUCAACGCAACGUUCCGUUCCAAGAAGCUAAACAAGACUGUCACAGAAUUACAUACUAAAUUCCAAGACAAUUCCACAGAAAAGUCAAUUUUUGACAUUUUUGACAUUUUUGAAGAACUUUCGAGUGCAUCAGAGGAUAUGGCCAAGUACAGAGACGUCGCCAAGCUAUUUUCAGGCCGUGUAGCUCCAUCUGUUGCCAAAGUUCAUAAAAGAACAUCAAAAAUUUACGAUCGAAUGAAUAAUUUAACAAAAAUCAUGACUUAUGCGUUGAAUUACACGCAGAACAUCAUGCAGUCAUUCAACAACACGAUGAUGCAGAACAAAAUCAAGUUUAACAAAUCUAUCAAUGUUUUAGAGAAAGAACUUGAAAUUGAUACAGAAGAAAUUCCAAAAAGUCAAUUCAAAAUGCAAAAUUAUUUCAUGUUUGCUGCUGUUUUCGAACUUAUCUGUCUCUUCCUUUUCUUCUUGAUUUCUUUAUGUAGAAUGCCAAAACACACUUGA